GACGACGUCGUUCCUGGUACCUCCCUCUCUGCUGGACUCAGCUGAAUAAAACGUUUACAAAAAUCGGAUCGGUUUUACUUUUCUUCCUUUGCUUCCAUUUCAUUGUUCCGAAGGGGAAGAAGACGCAAGCUGAGGAAAGAAGAAGGAGGAGGAGAAGGAGAAGAAGAAGAGGAUGAGUCGGAACGAUUCCAAGUAUUUCUCUACAACAAAGAAGGGUGAGAUCCCUGAGCUCAAAGAGGAGCUCAAUUCUCAGUACAAGGAUAAAAGAAAAGAUGCUGUGAAAAAGGUGAUUGCUGCAAUGACUGUUGGGAAGGAUGUCUCAUCCUUGUUUACAGACGUGGUGAAUUGCAUGCAAACUGAAAAUUUGGAGCUGAAGAAGUUGGUCUACUUAUAUCUCAUAAAUUAUGCAAAGAGCCAGCCUGAUCUUGCCAUACUUGCAGUGAAUACAUUUGUUAAGGAUUCACAAGAUCCAAAUCCUUUAAUUCGAGCCUUAGCUGUGCGGACAAUGGGAUGUAUUCGAGUUGAUAAAAUUACUGAGUAUCUAUGUGACCCCCUUCAAAGAUGCCUAAAGGAUGAUGAUCCAUAUGUUCGCAAGACAGCAGCCAUUUGCGUUGCAAAGCUUUAUGACAUAAAUGCAGAAUUAGUUGAGGACAGGGGAUUUUUGGAUUCUCUGAAGGAUUUGAUAUCCGAUAAUAAUCCAAUGGUUGUAGCUAAUGCUGUUGCAGCACUUGCUGAAAUUCAGGAACACAGUAGUAGACCCAUCUUUGAGAUCACUAGUCACACACUCUCAAAGCUCCUCACUGCUUUAAAUGAAUGUACAGAAUGGGGUCAAGUUUUUAUCUUGGAUGCUCUCUCUAGAUACAAGGCAGCCGAUGCUCGUGAGGCUGAAAACAUAGUAGAAAGAGUUACUCCAAGGUUACAGCAUGCCAAUUGUGCAGUUGUACUAUCAGCUGUUAAGAUGAUCCUGCAACAAAUGGAGCUCAUCACCAGCACUGAUGUGGUUCGAAAUCUCUGUAAAAAGAUGGCUCCUCCUCUUGUGACAUUACUCUCUGCAGAACCGGAAAUACAAUAUGUUGCCCUGCGGAAUAUCAAUCUUAUAGUACAAAGAAGACCCACAAUUCUUGCCCAUGAAAUUAAGGUGUUUUUCUGCAAGUACAAUGAUCCUAUCUAUGUGAAAAUGGAAAAGUUGGAAAUUAUGAUAAAGCUUGCAUCAGACCGAAACAUAGACCAGGUUUUAUUGGAAUUUAAGGAGUAUGCUACUGAAGUUGAUGUCGAUUUUGUUAGAAAGGCUGUUCGCGCAAUUGGUCGUUGUGCAAUCAAAUUAGAGAGAGCUGCUGAAAGAUGCAUUAGUGUUUUGCUCGAGUUAAUCAAGAUAAAAGUAAAUUAUGUGGUUCAAGAGGCAAUCAUUGUUAUCAAAGAUAUAUUUAGAAGAUACCCCAACACAUAUGAGUCCAUAAUUGCAACACUUUGUGAGAGCUUAGACACUUUGGACGAGCCAGAAGCCAAGGCUUCAAUGAUUUGGAUUAUUGGUGAAUAUGCGGAAAGAAUUGACAAUGCUGAUGAGCUUCUUGAAAGUUUCUUAGAAAGUUUCCCAGAAGAGCCUGCCCAAGUCCAACUACAAUUGUUGACCGCUACUGUCAAACUUUUCCUUAAGAAACCAACUGAGGGCCCACAACAGAUGAUUCAGGUUGUUUUGAACAAUGCCACUAUGGAGACAGAUAAUCCUGAUUUGCGAGAUCGUGCAUACAUAUAUUGGCGUCUUCUCUCAACUGAUCCUGAGGCAGCUAAGGAUGUUGUGUUAGCUGAGAAACCUGUGAUAACUGAUGACUCAAACCAACUUGAUUCGUCUCUACUUGAUGAGCUCCUUGUCAACAUUGCUACAUUAUCUUCAGUUUAUCACAAGCCUCCAGAUGCAUUUGUAACCCGUGCACACACCUCAGCCCAGAAAGCUGAAGAUGAAGAGUAUCCCGAGGGAAGUGAAACAGCAUAUUCUGAGUCGUCUUCUGCAAAUCCUGCCAAUGGUGCUGUUUCAACCCCGGCGUCUGUUGCACCGCCAUCACCUCCACCUGCCGUGCCUGUGCCGGAUUUACUUGGUGAUUUGAUGGGCAUGGAUAAUAGUCUUGUUCCUACUGAUGAACCAGCUACUCCUUCUGGGCCUCCAUUGCCUAUUUUACUUCCAGCUUCAACUGGUCAGGGUUUACAAAUCAGUGCACAAUUGACUAGGCGAGAUGGUCAAGUAUUUUACAGCAUGUUGUUUGAGAACAAUACUCAGGUCCCACUUGAUGGCUUCAUGAUUCAAUUUAACAAGAAUACAUUUGGUCUUGCAGCUGGUGGACCCCUACAGGUUCCACAACUGCAACCGGGCACAUCGGCUAGAACACUCCUUCCUAUGGUUAUGUUCCAGAACAUGUCCCAAGGUCCUCCUAACUCGCUUUUGCAGGUUGCUGUGAAAAACAACCAGCAGCCUGUGUGGUAUUUUAACGAUAAAAUCCCAUUCCAUGUAUUUUUCACUGAGGACGGUAAAAUGGAACGUUCAGCUUUCCUAGAGACAUGGAGGUCUCUUCCUGAUUCAAAUGAGGUUUCUAAGGACUUCCCGGCCAUAGUGAUUGGCAGUGUGGAUGCAACACUGGAGCGUUUGGCUGCAUCAAAUGUGUUCUUCAUUGCAAAGCGCAAGAAUGCAAACCAAGAUGUAUUUUACUUCUCAGCUAAAAUGCCACGAGGGAUACCAUUAUUAAUUGAACUUACCACAGUGGUUGGAAGUCCAGGCGUCAAGAGUGCAAUCAAGACGCCAAGCCCUGAAAUGUCAGCAUUUUUAUUUGAAGCCAUUGAGACCCUUCUCAAGAGUUAACAUUGUUUUUGGUUUUUGUUAUUAAAUUUAAUUUGUUUAUACAUUGCUUUUGCUAGCAUGUUCGCUACAUAUUCUGGACGGGGUUUGUAAGUUCCAAAAAAGAAAUUUCACCCAUUGAUAUAUAGUUUUGGACCUGUAGACGGCGUUUUUGAGAGGUUGGCUGGCUUGUGUAAUAUUCUGGUUUCUUUGUAAAAUGAUGAUAAUUUCGAUUCUUAGCAUUUUUGUAUUAGAUUUUA